AUGGCAUCCCAAAUCCCGGCCGGUGCCGAAGGCACGGUCGUGGGGGUCAUGUUCUAUUGUGUCGUCUGCCUGAUUUGCAGUUGUCUGAUGGUCUGGUUGACGUGGACGCACGAAGAACGGACAAGCCACGUUGCGAUGCUUGCCUAUUUCGUUACAAUUAGCAUCGUCGCUUCUCUCACCCAACAGACCUACGACAUCGUUCGAUAUAACCACAUCGUCAGCGAGCAGUUCUGGAAUAGAAAACAGCAUCCCGAUAACCCGGAGGUCGCCAUCUCGAACGGUUCAGUAGGACUGAGUCUUGUCUUGUACUACAUACAAUAUUACUGCUACAGCGUCGAGUCAAUGAUUAUCAUGUUCUGGGCCGCUGCUCUCGCUCAGUCGGUCUACGGAUUGUCGUCUCUUCCAAAGUUCAAGGUCAUUCUUCCCCGAAUCAACCGGGGCGGCAAGAUCUUCGCCAUGCUCUUCCCCCUGACUACGAUUCUCCUCUUGCGCAUUCCCGCCGUGCAAGACAACUUUAUCAUCUUCAUCUUGUUGGCCGACCUGCCCCUGAUGCUCAGCUUGUUCUUUGGCCUCAUCCUCAUGUUACUCAUCCUGGCAAGAUACGUGCAUUCGAAGCGAAAGUUCCUGAACUGGACCAACGGCGUCGGCGGGUCGGGUAGCAAUGGAUCCGCCCUCAAUAGCAACACGCCGCAAGGGUUUCCGCAGAAGAAGAAAAGUCGGAGUAUAUACGAUCGAUGGCUCCUCGUGCGCUUCACCAUCGGAUUUGUUGCCCUCAGCAUUUUCGAGGUGACGAAUACUCUCUUCCAAAUCACCGCCAUCACCAACAAGGACAAUGACGUUGAAGCCACCGAGCCCGAUCUUUCCGCCGAACGGGCCAAGAGCUCAUGGAUCUUCUUCAUGCCCGGCGUAACACCGGGCCUGUUCAUCUUCAUAGUCUUCGGCACAACGACGCCGCUGCGCCGGUACAUGUACGAGAAGUUCGUGCCUAAGAGGUGGCAGCGGAGGUCCGACGACCGACCGAGGCGGAUGGAUUCGAGCCCGGACUACACAGACGAUGUGGGGCCCCCCGUGCCGCCAAAACCGCCCCAGCUUUCGCCAGGGUUGGAACGCAAGAUAAUAAUAAGCCGCCCCCAGCAGGCUUUACCGGCGGACAUUGGGAGAGGUCGGUCAAAGCAAGCUGUGGUCGUGAGAGAGAGGGAAAGCAGCGACGAAUUCCCUAUGCUGCCUAUAAGAAAGACUCAUGGGAGGUACGAUGUGUAG